GGGUGUUACCCCGGAUGCGGAGGUUCAGAGAUGCUAAAACGCCUAACCAAUGAUGCACUCGCCUUUCGGGCGUAUCUACUUUUGCGGGAAAGCAUUUAAGAAUGCCUUGGGACCCAGGCAGUGGUCCAGCGUCAAUCCCAGGCAACCCAAGCACUCGCAAACAUGGACGUUGAAAAGCUGCCACAGAAGAUGGAGGAGGUGGAGAAUAUGCAACACGUCAACAGGCGGUCGUUAAAUGAUGAACAGUUACUCGCAGCCCUCGGUCACAAGCAGGAGCUGCAGCGGGAUUUCUCAAUAUGGUCACUUGGUUGCUUGUGUCUCUGCCUGAUGGCGACAUGGGAAGCACUGUCGUCCGUUGUUGCCGCUGCCUUGAUCAGUGGUGGUGCUCCUUGUCUCUUUUACAACUACAUCAUAUCCUUUAUGGGCACCGUGGCCAUUGCCCUCUCUCUUGCAGAGAUCUCGAGUAUAUGGCCCACUGCUGGGGGUCAAUAUCAUUGGGUCGCCGUCCUCGCGCCACAAAAUUCGAGGGUUGUUGCGUCUUGGUUCACCGGAUGGAUCUCCGUCGGAGGUCAAAUCGUCCUGACGGCUUCCGCAGCCUUUGCCGCCGGGCUCCAGUUUCAAGCUUUGAUUACACUCAAUCACCCCGAUACAUAUGUUCCUCAGAGAUGGCAAGGGAUGUUGUUUUACUGGCUCGUUUUGCUCUAUGCUGCGGCCGUCAACAUCUGGGGGUCCAAGGUCCUGCCGCACACUAAUCUUGCGUCUGGAAUUCUGCAUAUCGUCGGUUUUCUCGUCAUCUUCAUUGUCCUUGGAGUCAUGGCACCCAAGCACUCUGCCGAUUACGUGUUUGCCCAGGUCUCUAAUUCCAGUGGCUGGGGCAGUGAUGGUAUUGCAUGGCUCGUGGGGCUUCUCAGUUCAGUCUAUCCAUUCCUCGGGUACGAUGCGGCGGCACAUCUUUCCGAAGAAAUGCCCAGGCCCAGUCGCAAUGUGCCAAUCGCCAUGGUCGGCUCGGUCGUUGCCAACGGAAUUAUCGGUUUCGCUUACUGCUUGAUGCUCUUGUUCUCCCUUGGUGACCUACCGAGUCUCCUCGAAUCACCCACUGGCUUCCCCUUCAUGCAGCUAUACCUCAAUGUCACCAGGUCCCCUGCCGGAGCUACCGUCCUGUCGUUGAUAAUAUGCUUGAUCGCCACUGCCGCGAACGCUGCAGGGCUGACUUCAACGAGCCGCACAUUCUGGGCGUUUGCGCGAGAUGAGGCGAGCCCCUUUUCAAAAUACUUCGCUCAUGUCGAUGGUGGGCUCAAAGUCCCGGUCCGAAUGAUCGUUCUCGUCUCAGUUCUCCAAGCUUUGCUAGGGUUCAUCUAUCUCGGAAACACCACAGCUUUCAAUGCCAUCCUGUCUAUGGCAAUUAUCGGCAUGUACUUGUCUUACCUGCUGCCAAUCGUUUACAUGGUCAUAUACGGACGAGCGAAGCUUUCCAAGGACGAGUAUGGGCCUUUCAAGCUUGGCAAGGCUGGAGGAGUUCUCGUCAAUAUACUUGCAAUUGUGUGGCUCAUUUUCGCCAUGAUCUUCAGCACAUUUCCGAACUUCCAGCCGGUAACCGCCCAGAACAUGAAUUAUUCGACCGUGGUACUUGCUGGUUGGGUCGGAGGAGGCGCUGUGUAUUACUUUUUUAAGGCCAGGAAUGUGUACACUGGACCUGUGAUUGAAACGGAGGCAUCGAGCUUGACUGUGGUCGGAUCAAAAUGAAAAGUUACAUAGCCCGAGAGAUGUGUACUCUAUUUUGUGAAUGGUCACAGGCAGCCACUCGGCGAGCUGAUGAAUUUCAAUGACACCAGGCAAAAGCAUG